CAACAGACAAACAAGAACAGCAUCCUCUUCCCACAGAUGAAGAUGCCGCAACUACAGACGAGCCAUCUUCCUGUUAUUGUGGCCUGAAAUGGGUACUGACCCGGGUCGACAUGGAACAUAUGAAGGAUAUCCGUAGUGUGAAAGACUACCCGCGGAUCCCGAGACGGUCUCUAAUGCGGCCUAAAUUUG